ACGCAGUUCAAAGCUGUUUAACACAGUUCCAAGUUCUCGUCAAAGUACAUCGUCUGCGCCUGCGUGUGACGCAAUGACGUAAAGGAAGGGACCCGGAAGUAAACAUCCAUGAAGCUGUUGUUUGUAGAAAAUGGUGUACGUGUCCAACGGUCAGGUCCUGGACAGCAGGUCCCAGUCACCUUGGCGAUUGUCAUUAUUGGCCGAUCUCUUCUGGGGAGCAGUGGAAUUCAUCAGCCUAUUUUUUAGGACAUUGGUUCACCCAGACUUGAAAAAGGAUGGAAAUAGUAAUACAUCACGCUUCAGUGAUGGCAGAGGCCCUCCAGGUCCCCCUGGUGGCAGAAGGCGGAUGGGAAGAAUAAACCAUGCUGCCGGUCCAAAUGCCCCACCAAUGGGUGGAGGAGGAUGAGGAAGGUGA